AGGAUUUUCAGAGUAAACUCCUGAAAGUACGUGUUGGUACUAUAAUGUAGUUAUGCUAGAGGUGUAGUUCUGAAGCAACAUCCAUGAUGAGGGAGAUGACCUAGCGGCCGUCCACGGAGUGGUCCGUGUCGUGCUGGGCGGGGCGGUGGCGGACUGGUGGAUGACUGGUGGAACCACAAGAAACAUCAACAAGCUUGAUCCGAUCAUUACUUGUAGGACAAGAGCAGACAUUACUACGAGGAGCGAAGAUGCAGCAGUCAAGUAGAAGUCCACCGUCUUCGACUCCUAGUGCCUUGUAUGACGUGGCACUCGAUCAACCCGGGGAUGAAGUGGGGCAGAGUGGAACGAGGCAGGAGAAUGCAGAGGUCGGAGAUUAUGGACAUGUUGAUGUUUGAAUCUUGAAAAUGACCGUGAACAGCACGAAUCCGUUACUUCAGUUUUCCUAGUACGUAGUUGAUCUUGUUGAUCAUGCAUUCAGCUUAAUGGAACUGAAGAGCACUGGUUGAGACACUUCGUUUUAUGAGUCGAGUCGUCGACCAGCUCUAAGACGAAGAGGAGUCACCAGCAACUCGGCCAAGCGUGACCACGGCGCGCGCGGUCGACAUCGCAAACUUGGCGGAUGACGAGGACUCAACGGUGGUGCAGGUCGGAGGACAGGAAGGAGAUGAUGGAUCAGUUAAGGCUAUUUACAAUUCAUUUUUUUUCUCUGGGCCGAUGGUUGUUUGAACAUAGAACAUAGAAACUCUAACUACAUCAUUACCCCUAGAGCAGGAGUUGAAUUACUUCAAGUGGUAGUUGUAGUACAACAACCUACCUUAUCUUCCUCUAACUCCUCGUUAACCGGAGGCAUAGGGGCGAUCAAGAGUGCAGGCAAUUUGAUGUCGUUGGCGUGGCUACUGCGAGAAAGCGUGCUUUCGUCUGCGUUCGCUAUUGUUUGCGCAUUGUAUCUGUGCGGGCGGUCCUUGAUCGUCUCCGCCUUGUACCUGAAUGUGAGCAUGUUUUUGCUCUUUCUCGCACAAAACAAUGGGAUGAAGGGAGGCAAGGGACAAAAAACGGUAUGCUCGUUCUUCUUGGCACUGCUUUUACUGAGUAUUGGCCUGUCGGGGAAAAUCAGCGACGUCGAACAACAUCAUCAAGACUCAGCGUCUGGUCCUUCUGGCGACAGCGGGUCAGCGCCACCUACAAGAGGACAGCUCUACUACAACUAUCUCGUGCCGCACUCGGUGGCGAACUAUCUGAGUGCAAUAAGCCUACACUCAACAAGCACAAAGGGUAGUAGUGUCAUUGACAGGGAACGCGCUGCACUAGGAGGUAGAAGUACUAUCUGUAUCAUGCUUGUUGUUUAACUUUAACUUUAAAGGACGAAUUUGCUUGUUGUUUAACUUUAAAGGAGGAAUUAAUGAGGAAUUUUCAAGAAGCUUCGAUUGGUUUUCAGUAACUUGCUUGAAGAAUAAUAUCCUCAUUACCUCCUCAACAUCCCCUCUGUCACUUCUCAACAGGUGAAGUUGCUAUGGCAGAAAUGCAUCAUAAGGAUGUCGUCACCUCAAAGUACUCGCAUUUACGCGGUAAAGUCCAGAACGUGCGGGAAGAGUUCAAGGGUCUCACGGUUUCCAUCAUAAUACCUGCAAAAUUUAUGGUCAAACAUGAAGCUGGAGGUUCGUUUGUUUCUCGGUUUAUCUUCAAGCAUUUGUUUCAACAGGAGGACAGUUAUAAAUAUAAUCAAGAAAAUAGUACUAGUACAACUAUGUAUUGGCCACUCCUAGUCCUACUUUCAGCAUGCACUAUCAAUGCUACCAUGAAGUGCUGUCCUGAUUUGUCUCUCUCUAACGCACACGAAAAAGAGUACAUCACGAAGACGCUGAUGUACGUUUACAAGAUCACGCCAUGGGACUUGUUAGAGGAGACAAUAGUAGUAGACGACGAAAGUGGCGACCCUAUAGACCCACUGAUCGAAAAUGCAGUCAAUGCUGGCGAGUUGUCGUUUUUGUCGACAGAACAACUUAUGGUGUUGUUAAUGCGUAGAACUCAAAGGAGAUUCAGGGAAGUCGUAGGUCCAAUCCGAACCGACUAACCUCAUCAAUGCUGGACGAUAGUGGGAGGUUCUGAGCAGGAUUUUGUUGAAGAUCUCGAUAAUUACAUUGUAGCUUCUGAAGUACAAGUAGAUUGUAGUUACCAGUCAUCUCUAAUCCUUGGAAAUCAAUCCGAAUUUUACGGAACAACCACAGACAGGGAUUGAUCCGAGCGAAGAUUAUGGGUGCGAACGCUGCGAUAGGGACACAUAUCUUCUUUCUGGAUGGCCACUGUCGACCGUUCGAAAAUUGGCUAGAACCACUGCUGCAUAGGAGUUUAGGUACCAAAUUGGACAUUUAUAAAUAGAAGCUGCACAUUCCCUUAUGGCAGUCUGCACUGAACUUUGUGCGGAAAAUACGCAGGUAGGUUUUGACUCGUCGGAACUCGCUCGCACUACAAAAAAAAAAGUGCGAGAUCAAUUGUGUUGCAUUGUAGUUGUACUGCGUUGUACUGUAUUGUUUUGUAUUGUAAUGUAUUACACCAACUACCCCUCAAACGGCCACAAGAAACAGGCAACUACAAGCGGAUCGUAGUUCCGACAAUACCUGAUGUGGAGGCGCGGGACUGGAGUAAAAAACCGAAUGUGGGCAUUAAGAUGAUGUUCGAGUGGAACUUUCAUUUCGACUGGUUCGACGAUCCGGGUGACGAAGUGCCUAUUCUUAGUGGUGGCCUUCUUUUGAUGACGAAAAAGUGGUGGAACGAGAUGGGAGGGUAUUAUUUUUCUAGAUCAUCUUUGUGGUUUGUUAACGACACGAAUUUAACAGACCACAAAAGAUGUGGUUUGUUAGGUUUUUGUAAGUACUAGAAGUACUACUGCUCGCGAUUGUAGUUCCUUUUUCUUUUGUCAAAAUCGACGAGUCAACGACACUAGAUUCUUUUUAUCAUCUGUAAGCCAUGACAUAGCCACAAAUACACACUCUUGAAGACUUGCUCACAUAGACACAAAUACACACUCUCGAAGACUUGCUCACAUAGACACAAAUACACACUCUCGAAGACUUGCUCACAUAGACACAAAUACACACUCUUGAAGACUUGCUCACAUAGCCACAAAUACACACUCCUCACUCUUCAAACACCCCUAGCACCAACCUCACCACCUCAGCUACGACGAUGGCAUGUUAGAGUGGGGUGGUGAAAACAUUGAGCAGAGUCUGCGAUGUUGGAUGUGCGGUGGCGAAAUAGUGGUGGAGCGAACCAGUCAAGUAGGGCACAUCUUCUUCCGACCUCAGCCACCAAAUAAGGUGAAGCCGCUCACGGUGCCGAGGAACAAGGCUAGAGUUAUGAUGAGAUAUAUAAUCGUAUAUUCAGGAGAUGAUAUGAAUGGAGUUGAUUUUUGUGAGAAGGAGAAGAGGAACAGUCGAUCUAUUUACAUUUAGUCUGCCAGAGACGUUACUGUUACUCACGUCGUUAAGCAGUCCUCGGUCUUUUGUAGUAGCAGUCGUGUCUCUAUUCGGGUCACAGCUGAACCGGGCAAUUACUUGUAGCUGCUACGUGGAUCGAAUGAAUGAGUGAGUCUGCUUCUCAUCCCUUGUGUUGGUAGCAUAAUGUUCGACUGGUGUAGUUUAUCACUUCGCGUAUCCUUAGACUUUCCCUGCGCUACACCUACAUCUACUACUAGAAGACAGGAAGCUCCUCUUCUAACAGUCCUGGCUACGUCUGGCUGGACAACUACUACAAAAUCUUCUCGGAGAAGGUGCCAGAAGUAGCAUCUUUGGACCUGGGAAACAAUCUUUUAGAGAGAUUGCUGUUCAGGUACAAUUCCUUGAGGAACAUUAAUUUGUCGUACGUACCGGACAAGAUUUUUAUUUAACAAAUAUUUAUUAUUAUUUAAUAGGAGUUGGAGAAAAAAGGUGACACAACUUUAGUAUCAGAAUCGGAUACUAGUAACAGGUAUAGUUACGGUUGCAAGAAGUUCGAUUGGUGGCUUCACCGCUUCCAGAGCGUGUUCGAGCAGCAGGGUUUGAUAGUAGACAAACAGCACCAUGUGCGCCACAGCGCGACAGGACUCUGUCUAGAGGCCGACUUGAAUUAUGGUUCUUGAACUUUGUGCGAGAUUAAUUGUAUUGUAUGUUCAAUGCGAGGAUCAAUUUUUCGAGGAUGAAAGGCGUUACUAGUAGAUGAGCAGCACCUGAACAAAUUUCUCCCCACGACGUAUGAUGUAUCCCCAAGAAUGAAUAGAAGAUCCAGCACGGCAUAGUUUCGUGUCACUCGAGUAACGUGCUGGGAGUAGCCACCUCUAAUUUCGAGAAAGUAAGGUCGCCAUGGCCGUCUGUCAACCAGAGAACGACUUGCAGCGAUGGGGCUGGAUUAACGGCAGGAAACGACUAGUGAACGCGAAGGCCAAGAAAUGCCUAGACAGAGGAAACAAUUAUGACUUCUACAAGUAUACGUACAAGUACAGAAAUUGUACUAGCUUUCCUUACCUUUUUCUCGACUCAUUGUGAUUUCGUUCGUAAUACACAUGUUGUUGCUGUCACUUUAUUCAACCAUAGCAAAUAACAGGUCACUCUUUUGCUUCUUCUAAAUCGCGACCAAUUACAAGUACAACCUUAUCGUUCCUAUUUUACCCUCUCUUUCUUUUCUAAAAAGCCGCUGGCUUCGCAACACCAAUUCUGUACGCUUGUGACCGGACAAUGAGCAACAUGAAUCAGAUAUGGAGUUUUACCAACGACAGGGAUCCGCCAUCACAGAAGGAUAGGAAUUUCCAGGACGAUCACACUUUUGCCGGGUUGAUUUUCAGCAACGGACAGCAAGAUGGAUCUCAUUCGGACAAGCUCGGACUGGCUUAUGAUGUGUGAGUUUUGUUUAAACAUAGCACGACUUCUAUUUUUAAGGAACGAUGCAUGACCCCUCAGUCUAUUUUUAAGGAAUGAUGUCGUGAGUUUUGUAUUUGUUUGAACAACAUAAAAGGACCUUGAAAGAAAGAUGGUGCACCCCUCACUUAAACAAACUCUUCAGCACGUCAACGAACAAUCAAACUGCUUCUCUGGUAAGUCUUUUUCACCUUCAACAAACCUCUCCGACAAACCUCUCCCACAAACCCUUUUCACCUUCGCUUAAAAAUCAUAUGUCCCCCAAACCCUCAUUUUCAUCCCCUCCAUCUCCGAAGCAGCAUUGGCGGCAAAUGUAUCGGAUCACCUUGGAGUCACGAGAACAAGGUUGGCAUGUACGACUGUGGCCAGGAAGCGGUGUCGAAUCCAAACUUUCAGUUUGAUAUUAUCUGGUAG